UUUGGAGGUCAACGAAUAAGAACAUUGUUCGCAACCGAAGAUAAAGAGAAAAAUAUGCUUCCUUAUCAGUGGAAGAAAAAGAAGCUCGUAGAGCUAAACAAAGAGAAGCUUAUCAAAAAGAGGAGAGGAAGGAAAGCUGCUGCAUCCAUGUCUUCUAUGAAUCAACAGCAAACUGAUGGUAUAGAACUUCCAGUUGGGUGUGACGUACAGCAAAACAAUGAGCACAAUAACCAACAGAGUAUUGCUGUUAAACAACUUCUGCAACAGAAUAGAAACAAAGAGACUAAUCUGCAACAAUCUAUUGCUGUCAAAAGUAAUUCUCUGUGCAAAACCAAUGGUAAAUCAAAAGGCAAGCUGAAAAAGCAUGAUUCUGUAUUUUUGACAUUUGAACAAGGUUCUUCAUCAAAAAAUUCGUCCAACUAUAAAUGCAGAAGAAUCAAUAAACUAAAUGUGUCAGGUGAUCCUCCUAUAUGCGAUAGCUGCUCUAAUUUCUUGCAUGAAACAGUUGAUAAUCUUGCAGGUAUAUCAAUGACAGUACAGCCUCAGCCAGUGGAAACCAAUGUUUCUAAUGUCAUAAAAAAUCAUCCAAAAGUGAAAAUGUAUAUAAAGAUGAGAACUUUGAUGAGACUCAGAGGCAACUACCUACAUUACAGGCCUCAAAGAUUCAAAGAUGCUUUUUUGUUGGAAGUUUUUGUUUUAAAGCCCACUUCUACAGACUGCUCGUCUCCUUCAUUAAUAUUUUAGCAUUCAUUUUAUCAGGUUAUAUAAAAUGCAUUUGAAGAAUAGGAAGCAUAAGUUCUUUUUGCUUUCAUAUGUGUUCAUUAUUUAUAACAAAUCUCUAUCUCCCCUCUCAGGUCUUUUGUUAUUUGAAUAAACUAAAUCACUCAUUGUUGUGAUUCCUUGCAGUUGACCUUCUAUUCAAUGUAUCAGAAGAUUCAGAUUAUGUCCGGACUAUUCUAGCUAAAGCUAUAGACAAACGUCCUGACCUCAAAACUAAGGCUGCUGAGUCAAAUAAAGCAGCAAAGAUAGAUGCAAGAUCAAGUCAUUAUUGAAAGGAUGCUUGAUAAAACUAGGUCACCAGGACUACAAAUUGGACUAAGUUUAGCGCAACAGCAGUACAGGUUAUUAACAGAGACCAUCUACAGCAAGGAAAAUCACUUAUAGGUCCUUGUCACACAGUGGAGCUGGUGGUGGUGGCAGCUCAUAUUCAGAAAUAUAAGCAUUGUCUGCUAUGAGGAAGGCAUGAAUUAGUUCCUCUAUCAUAGUCUAACAAACACUAACGCUGAAGUAUUUGUCUUAUUGCAUUAUGUAAAAAAGUACCUAUUUUUAUCUUUCGACUUUUCUGUCUUUUUUUAAAAAUUGUCUCCUACACGUUAUUCAGCAUAGUACCUACCUUAGCAGUAUUGGAAACUCCUAAUGAAGAUAUUUUUCAUGAUAUAAAAAAUGUCAUGUAAAA